AUAUCAACCAAUGAACGUGCAGUACUAUUUCGGACAAUUAUUUCACCGGAACCGGCGUCUGGCAUCACGCCAUCGACCUAGACCAGUCUAUUGCUAAGUUACCUUCAGCUACUCAACUAAAAUGGAGAAGAAACGCCAAAAUCAGUUCGGCCUGCGCUCCGACGAAGUUCCCGCACAAUUCCGCGAAAUGUUCAUCUGUUCGGGUUAUCGCAAACCUUACGGUACAGCGAUGGAUUGCGUGAAGAGUGCUUUCUUGCCACUAAACGAAACUGUCAACGUUUGGACGCAUUUUGUCCCUUUUCUGCUUUUCUUGGUACGUUUUGCGUUCUUAUUCUCGAAAUAUUGUCUUAUCGAGGACACAUAUGUGUAUCCUUUGCUCUCAUUUGCCAUUGGAAUCUGUGGAUUCUUGUUGAUGAGUUCCGGAGCACAUCUCUUCAACUCCAUGUCUCCGAGAGUACGACACAUUUGCUUCUUCUUUGAUUAUUCAGCAAUAAGCGUUUACAGUGUCGGAGCAGGACAAGCAUUCUACUUCUACAGUCGCUCGCUGAAUGGUAAUAACGCUUUCUUUAAUUCCUCAAGCGCUUUCCUUGGGAUUUCGUGUUUAAUUUCUGUUUUCUCAACCUUCACCUGUUGUGCCUCGAGACACCGAUGGCCGAAGAUGAAGUACGUUAUUCGAACGCUUUGCUUUGUGCUAGCGUUUUUCUUCAACAGUGCCCCAUAUUUACAUCGUGUAUGCGUGGAUUCGCCAUCCCAGUUUGAUACACCGGAAGAGCAGCUAGCCAUCUCUUAUUUCCGAAGUCAUUCAAUCUAUUACCUGAUUUCUGCUUUAGCUAAUAUGUCGCGGAUGCCUGAACGGUUAAUCCCGGGUGUUUUCGAUAUUGUCGGCCACAGCCAUCACUUCCUCCAUGUUUUCACCGCUCUUGGGGCAGCUGAUCAAUUUACAGCCAUUCAAAUCCAAAUGGAAUCGAGACGAAACGAUUUGGAGCGCUUCCCAAUCGUUACGUUUAGGAACAGUUUGGGUCUUAUGGUGUUUAUUUGUAUUAUUAACUUCGGGAUCGUGUUAUGGUUUGGUAAAAACCUUCAAUCGAACAAGGAGGAAGAACACAAAUCACUAUGAUUGUUUAAGCUGUUACGCGUGUUUUUUUUUUUUUUUUUAACCAAAACAAAAACACUAUCGGGUCAAUUGUGUUACAUACUUUCUCAGCUUUGCGAUUCGACAGGUGCAGCGUGAUUAAUGAUAAUAAUAGCGUGCUUUAAUAAUGAGUCUUUGUCGCUUUAAGAAGCGUUUUGUGAUUUUUCAUUUUUCCAAAAAAAAAAACGAUAACAAGCCAGUCACACUAACACUGAAUUACGAGCUCGCAGGUGUUAGAAUAUUUAACAGGGAAUACUUCUGUGCAAAUGUAGUUUAAAAUAAAAUGAAAUCGCUUUUAGUAGAGAAAAGUUGACAGGAAAUAUUGAAUUUUGCUGGUCUAAGUUAAAUAGAAAAAAUGCAGUUUAUUGGAAAUGUUGCGUUAGAAUAACUUCGUAAAAUGUGGUCGGCUUAGUUUGAGAA